AAUACAAGUAUAUUGGCUGUCUCUAGCAACGAAGACAGAUGUUAUUUUAAAAUCACCGUCCUCAGAUACCGGAGCCGUACUAAAAUUAUUAUGUUUAUAGCCUGAGUUGUCAAAACAUUUUGCAGUCAUGGACUCCAAUCGCUACAAACUACUCUUACUGGGCGGCGCCGUACGUUUAUAUUUCAGUAAUACGUCCUUGGCUUCGCUUAUCGGUAAUCGCGUUGAAUUCGCCACUCCUUUAAACUCAUUCAAGCGCCUGCAAGAAGGCGUAUUCCUACUUCAGCAAGGUGUAGAUCCGUACGGAGGAGAUCUGGUUCAUGAGUCGCCGCUGCUUCUGAAAGCUCUGUCUGGAAUUUUAUUAAACUAUGCUCAAUGGUUACCAAUAUUAUAUAUACUUUUUGACUUGUGCACAGCCACGCUACUUUAUUUGCUGAGCCAUACAUUUGUGAAGCAAAAGCUGAAGCAGCAGCAAGGAGAAUGCAAAGAUUACGCCAAGGAUACAGAGGAGCUCCAGUAUAGCGAAAAUGACCAAUUCAAAAUACCAGAGCUAGUCUUAUUAGCCUAUCUAUUCAAUCCACUGACUAUACUAAGCUGCGUUGGACUAACCUCCACAGUGCUAAGCAAUUUAUUAUUAGCGCUGAUUCUAUAUACAAUGGUUAAGCGGCAGCUUUUCAUUUGCGUCAUUGUGCUUGCUUUUGAGACAGUUCGAAGCCUUUAUCCAGUUGUUUUGAUUGCGCCGCUGCUCUUAAUCUUUGCCCGUCGUUCCGUCGGUCUGAGCAUCGCUAUAUUGAUGGUUUUCGUUACUUCUUGCUUUGCUGUGGCAGGUGCGAACUUCUUAGUGAUGAAUAGCUGGAACUAUUUAGAUGGAACACUCGGAUUUAUCUUUUACUUUAGGGAUCUGCAACCUAAUAUUGGACUGUUCUGGUACUUUUUCACAGAGAUGUUUGAGCAUUUUCGUACCAUGUUUCUGAUUACAUUCCAGCUAAAUGCCACCGUUUUGUAUUUGGUGCCACUGUCUAUAAAGUUGCGCAAGGAGCCGCUUUUGUUGGCCACCGUUCUCAUUGCGCUCAUGGCAGUCUUUCGUGCAUAUCCUAGCUUAGGCGAUGUUGGCUUCUAUUUGGCUUUAUUGCCUCUGUGGCGACGCUGCUGGAAGUUCAUGGCACAUGGAUUUGUGGUGUUUACUUUCUUUCUUAUAACAUUGUCCAUGAUGGGCGCCCUGUGGCAUUUGUGGAUCUAUGCGGGCUCUGCAAAUGCUAACUUUUACUUUGGUGCAACCCUCGCCUUCAGCACGGGUCAAAUAUUCCUAAUUACGGAUUUACUAUUUGCGCACGUUAAACGCGUGUUCUGUCUUUACAAUGGUCAAAGGAUUCUGAUUGAUGGAGAAGAAGCGCGUAUAUUGCUAGAAUAAGCCAUUUAUAAAGUAUUCACAAAUUAAAAGAAUGGAUUUAUUCAACUAAUAU